AUGAGUAAUCAAUUAUCAAAACGUGCUUUUGACGAUGUAUCAUCUAGUUGUAGUGAAGAAAUAAAAAGUAAUUCCACAAAUAAGCAUUUAAAAAAUGCGACCAUUCCUAAAAAUAAGUCAAUCUUUCAAGAUCUUUGUAUAGAUAUUGUUCUUGAAAUUUUUCGAUAUCUCCGUCCUAUUGAUCUUUUAUAUUCAUUUAGUGGUUUUUAUGCUCAUCUCGAUGCUCUUUUAGAACCAUAUACACAUACACUUGAUUUUCGUUUUAUAAAUAAAUCCUAUUUUCAAUGUUUAAUACAAUCAUUAUUUCCAUGUUUUACAAAUAAUUUACGUGUACUUCGUUUAAGUAAUGCAUAUACAUUUGGUCAAAUAAGUGAAACACUUUAUAAACUUGAUUGGUCUCAAAUUAAUCAACUUGAAUCAUUAACAUUUGAUUUAAUUGAAUUCGAUGAAUUAUCGAAAUAUUUUCUUGCUAUUCAUCCAUUACUUAAACAUCUUUGGCGUUUAUCAUUAACAUUUAAUGAACAUGAUAAAUUUACUGAAAAAUUACUUAUUGAACAAAUUCUUAUACCAACAAAUCAAUCUCAAUCAUUAAAAAAUUGUUUUAUUAUUGGUAUUACAUUUGAUUUAAGUAAAUUAUCUGGACACAAAUUAAAUGAAAAUUUACGAGAAUUAACAUUAACUUUAGCUACAAUAAAUGAUCUUAUAAUUCUAUUUCGUUGUGUACCACAUUUAGAAAUACUAACAUGUACUGUCCUUGAUAGCACAUAUAAUGAAAACAUUGAUAAAAUUCAAUCACUCGAUUUCUUAACAAUAUUAACAUUAAAUAUUAAAACAUCAAUUCUAUUCAAAACUUUACAAAAAAUUCUCAUACCACAUAACAACUUAAAACAAGUGUCAUUACAAGCUAUUUUACAUAAUGAGGUUAAAUAG